AUGAUCUCUCUCCCUUCUCUCUCGUACGCCUCUGCUCCCCGCCUCUCGUCGCCCCAGCCGGCUGCCGUCCCCGGCUUUCGUCGCCCCCUUCCGGCCACCACCUUGCCCGCCGGCACGGCCCCUUCUCUAUUCUCCCCCGACGCCGCCGUGCCCGGCCCCAUCCCCGUUUGCCCCCGCCGGCCCCGACUCCCAUCGCCCCCUUCCGGCCACCACCUCGCCCGCCGGCGCAGGCCCCUUCUCUCUUCGCCCCCGACGCCGCCGUGCCUGGCCCCGUCCCCUUUUGCCCCCGCCGGCCCCGGCCCCCAUUGCCCCUUCCGGCCACCACCUCGCCCGCCGACGCCGGCCCCUUCUCUCUUCGCCCUCGACGCCGCCGUGCCUGGCCCGGUCCCCUGUUUGUGGGUAAUGUAUUGUGAAAUUCAUUCGUCGAUUCUUGGAGCAAGUGUUGAUGGUACUGUAGUGUUUAUCAUCGUCCGUUCAUUCCACUCGUCGAUGCAUCUCGCAACACAGAUCCUACGCCAGACUAUGGUUGUUGAUGCGAUUGGGUUCCCGGCUAUUCUGGUCCACCUCUUGACCAGGCUGGGAUAUCGCUGGUACCCCGAGUACAUUUUUUACGAGGACUACCGCGAGUUCAGUCAGGAGCAGUACCGCGCUGUGUUUUCGGACCGAACUGAGCCGAAGGCCCAGCCGGCCGGAGCCGCCGCCGCCUUCCCUGCCGUGCGGGAGCCGGACUCGCCGGAGUCCGAGCCGCUGCCGCGCCGCCCAACCCCCUCCCCAAGUCGGAACGCCGCCCCGACCCUGCCUUUACAAGGCCGAGGCCCGACCCCUCUCCUUCCCAUCGAGUCGCCGCCACCGCCCAAGCAGCAGCAGCAGCCAGCCGCCGCAAGCGCCGCCGUUGACGCCUGCCGCGCCCCGCGCGCCCCGCCUGACGCCUGCCGCGCCGCGCGCCGCCCCACGCCGACGCUCGACGCAGGCCCGCGCGGCUAG